AUAGCGGGACAGAUGGGAAUCCUGGAUCUUGCCAACACUGGCAUGGCUCACUUCCUGCAGUUCAAUCCCUCUUUCGUGAAGAAGAUGACCAUGUGGAGCCAGGAAGGAUCCCCGUUGCGUCAGAAGGGCUUCCACUACGUUAACACGCCGAGCGGGUUCGAGUUGGUGUACAACAUGUUCAAGAACUUCCUCAAUGAAAAGAACCGAUCUCGGCUACACGUCCAUGGGAGCAAUCUGGACUCACUAUAUGAGCACAUACCGAAGAGUAUGCUGCCAGCUGAGUACGGCGGUGAUGCGGGUCCAAUCCAGGAUCUUGUGAAUGCCUGGGCUAAAAAGGUGCUAAGCUACAAAGAGUUCUUCCAAGAGGAAGAGCAGUACGGUACGGAUGAGAAGAAGCGACCGGGGCGACCGAAGAAUGCAGAGACCCUGUUCGGAUUGGAGGGUUCCUUCCGAAAGCUCGAAGUGGACUGAGCUCUAGAACCUGGUGUGGCUUCAACCGUGGAACCAUAUGGAGCUGUGCUCAGUUACGUUUUUUUCUGACUGAGCUGAACAACCGUUGGAUAAUAGUUUUGAUCGCCUACUCUGGUGAAGCGCCAGCCAUAAAUUCGCUCAAA